UACAUCCCAUUCAUUUUGAAAACAUUAUUCAUAAAUCUUCUAAUAUUUCAAUGAUGUUGAAGCUAACAUCUUUUACAAUAAUUGUAUAUUUUGUAUCACUUUACAUAAAUUUAGUUAAUUCAGCACAGUCUGUGUAUAAUUUGGGCCCAAACACAGCCACUGUCAAUACUGGAUCGCAUGUCUGUAAAAAUGGACAGAGUACCGAAGUGACACUUUCGGUAGAUGCUGUCUUAAAUGCUAAAAGUAGUACCAGAACAAGCUUUGGUAGCAAUUUUGACAAUCGAAUGACGGUACUGGACAAAGUCGCUGGGGAUCACAAAGGACACAUAUUAGCAUCAGCUGUGGGGGGACCAGCAGUAGAAUGGAACCUGGCACCUCAAGCCGAUAAUUUAAACAAAAAAUAUCGAUGCAGGACGAGCAUUUUAAAUGUCUGGUAUGAUUGCGAGAAAUGGAUCAGAGAACAACUAGACUCUGGCUCAAAUUUACCGGUUAGAGUAAGGAUAACCUUAGACUAUGAAAAUAGAAAUUGUAGACCAACACACUGGUCUAUAGAUGCUCAUUCAACAGAUGGUAGAGGCUGUACAGCACAACGCAUAAACAACGGUCCAUUACCUUUAGGGGCUUGUCAAGGUUCUGGUUGAAAUUAAUAAAAGUUUACUAAUUUCUUG